UAACGUUCUGUGCCCUCCCCCAGCCAGUCCUUAGUCUCCAGAAAGCCUGAUGCAAACAACCCGUAAGGGGCACUUCUUCCCUGGAGCCAUCCUGGGAGGGUGGAGUAAGACCUUUGAGGACUCUCCGUUUCUUGGCAGGUUUAAGAGGAAAGCGGGUUGGAGCGAAACGGUCAGGAACAAGUUCCCGCCAGCUCCUCGGUUCUCUUCCGCCUUUGCCGCUCCGCCCCUAUCAUUUUCCCUCCUCUUUUCAACUUUUGCAAAGCGUAACAACCAACCGCGGAGAAAAGAGGAGGGGGCAAACCCAGGACGUGCCCAGGCAGAUCUCUCACUGCGUAGCACGGGGCGAGCACUGCUGCACCAUGCCAGCAGGAGGCGAGGUAGGCUAAGCCGCGGAGCCAUUAGGAUCUGGUUCACCUUUCAGCUCUGCCAGUCCCAUCUGUGUGACCCUAUGUGCAUCAUUUCUCUAAUCAGAGCCUGUUUCAGGGUCUGCAAAGCCGGGACACCGAGGCGUCCCCUGCCUCCCUGUAGCCUGCGCUCUCGGCGUCUCCCGCGCGCUCCCAGCAGCCGCAGCGCGGAGCCUGCGGAAGCCCUUCCUCCCUCCCAGAGGGGACCCAGCCGCGGUCACCUCUCAGGCUGUAGCGUGCCUGCAUGCCAAAAACCGACAGGGUGCCGGUGCCGGUGCGGUCCUCCUUCCUGAAGCCGCAGCGCAGGAUGUGCUUGAUCUGCCCCAGGUACUGCAGCUCCCCGUGCUGCGGUGGCUGCUCUGCGCCCAGCUCCUGUGCGGCUGUCGGCGACAGCGUGCAUAGCAACUCAGAGCCGGCGGCAGGCAUGGUGAAGGCUGGAGACGCGGACUGCGGCGGGAAA